UCGGGGAUUCUGGGGUGGGGAAGUCGAACAUCCUGUCCCGCUUCACUCGCAACGAGUUCUGCCUCGAGACCAAAUCCACCCUCGGCGUCGAAUUCGCCACCCGUACUCUCCAAAUACUUUCUAAUUCAACCGUUUCACUCGAUGUUGUCGAUCGUCGUUGUUCCUUGGGCGGUGUGGAACAUGGAUUGGGAAUUUGAAGUUCAUCCACUAAGCUCUCACGUAUUUUCCCUCGAAUGUUGUAUCAUCUAUGGCGUAAUUUGGUUGGGCAUCUACUGGUAGAAGGCCGAAUAAUAAAAGCACAGAUUUGGGACACAGCAGGCCAAGAGCGAUACCGAGCAAUAACUAGCGCCUACUACCGGGGAGCUCUCGGAGCAAUCCUAGUGUUCGAUGUGACCAAGCCGACGACUUUUGAGAACGCAAGCCGGUGGCUCAGGGAGCUUCGUGACCAUGCUGACUCCAACAUCGUGGUUAUGCUUAUUGGCAACAAGACCGACCUCGAGCACCUUCGAGCGGUGGACUCGGAGGAGGCCCAGAGCUUCGCUGAGAGAGAGGGGCUUUCGUUUCUUGAGACAUCUGCCUUGGAGGCUACAAAUGUGGAGAAGGCCUUCCGAGUUAUCCUUGCUGAGAUAUAUCGAGUAAUCAGCAAGAAGAACAUCUCUUCCGAGGCGCCUGCGCAAGGACCCGCAGGGGGUAUGAGAGAAGGCAAGGCCAUCACGAUCGCAGCAUCAGACUCCAGCACAAGCAGGCAAUGUUGCUCAACGUAGUGGUAUUAUGCGCUCAGAGUUUCUACAGUCUGCUUUUGCUUGAUGUAAAUCCAGUCAGCUGCUUGCUAGAGUGAUUUCCUUCUUGUUGAUGCUCAAUAUAUUUGCUUUCAGUC